CAACACACCCCUCCGCACUCACAAAACGAGCGGUUAUGAACGCUGAAGACACAUCGUCCCUUCAACCCCGAUCCCUUACCGUAUCCCUCUAAACCUCUCCCCCUCCCUCGUCCUCCUGCUCCUCCUCCUUUCAGUUUUGGAAGGGGAGGAGAACUGCUCCCUCUCUCCUCCAUUUCUUCUGUCCAUCUUCCUCUCAUCCACGAGAUGGAGAUGUACGAACUCAUCAAAGGCGAAGAGGCCACGGCCGCAGCCGAGCCCGAGAGCAAGAUCAGCGUCAUCGCCGUCGCAGCCGCCGACGCGCUUCUGUCCCCGCGCAAGGCCGACAUCGAGGCCGGCGGUCCGGAGGCCCCGGCGGAGAAGGAGGCGCCGCCGGCCAACCGGAAUCGGGAGCCACGCCUCGUCUCCCUCGACGUGUUCCGGGGGCUGACCGUGGCCCUCAUGAUCUUCGUAGAUGAUGCUGGAGCAUUUUUUCCUGCAAUCACCCAUUCUCCAUGGGAUGGCAUAACCCUUGCUGAUUUUGUCAUGCCAUUUUUCUUGUUAAUAGUUGGAGUUGCACUGGCACUUACGUAUAAGAGAGUCUCAAACAAGGCCGCAGCAACCAAGAAAGCAGUACUUCGAGCAACGAAGCUCUUCGUUGUAGGCCUUAUUGUUCAAGGUGGCUAUUUCCAUAACCUUCACAGUUUGACCUAUUUUUGUCCGUUACACUAUGGAGUUGAUAUCUCGAGGAUACGAUGGAUGGGUGUACUUCAGAGAAUUGCAAUAGCCUAUCUGCUGGCUGCACUAUGUGAAAUCUGGCUUAGAAAUGAUGAUGAUGAUGAUCAUGUUAAUUCUGGAUACUGCCUAGUUAGGCGAUGCCAAUUUCAACUGUUGGUGGCUCUCAUUCUUACAACCAUUUACUUGGUUCUCCUUUAUGGUUUACAUGUUCCUGACUGGGAAUACCAGAUAGCAGUGGCAGGCUCCAAGCCUAUGACCUUUUCAGUCAAAUGUGGGGUGAGGGGUGACACAGGACCUGCUUGCAAUGCUGUGGGAAUGAUUGACCGCCAAGUCCUUGGCAUCCAGCAUCUCUAUCGACGUCCUGCUUACGAGAGAACGAAGCAAUGCAGCGUAAAUUCACCAGCUAGUGGCCCACUUGCAUCUGAUGCUCCUCCAUGGUGCCAAGCUCCUUUUGAUCCUGAAGGACUGCUCAGUUCUGUCAUGGCGAUUGUUACUUGUUUGAUCGGGUUGCAAUUCGGGCAUGUUAUCAUUCACUUCAAGGAUCACAAGGAAAGAAUUGUCCGGUGGUCGAUUCCUUCCUUCUGGAUGUUAGCCCUGGCCUUCUCCUUGGACUUUUGUGGAAUUCAUAUGAACAAGGCUUUGUACACAUUAAGUUAUACACUUGUCACUGCUGGAGCUGCAGGGAUUCUCUUUACUGGAGUGUAUGCGCUGGUUGAUGUAUGUGGCUAUAGGAAGCCAACCUUGGCCAUGGAAUGGUUGGGGAGGCAUGCACUAAUGAUCUACAUUCUCAUAGGCUGCAACAUCUUGCCAGUUUUUAUCCAGGGAUUCUACUGGAGGGAGCCUCAGAAUAAUGUUUCGAAGGUCAUCGGCAUUUGGAUUAGUCGAUGUUCAGAAGAAAGUUACCAGCUGCAUUGAUCAGCAGUAAAAUAGCACAUUUUUCAUGGUCACCAUAAGAUGAGGAUUUCAUGGAACAAACAUACAUGUACUGGAAAACCGAAGAAAGUUUGAAGCAGACAUGAAAUGAAAGAAUCAUCAAUGAAACAAGAAAGAGAACUAUACUGAUGAUAGAUAUAAUAUUCCAAGAUUUUUGCCUUUAGUUUAUAAAAGAUCAAUGGUGAAGGCAGGUCUUGGAAUUUGCUUUUUUUUCCUGCAAUGAUAGAUUUAACAUUUUUUUUUUUUUGCCAGCAAUACUCACAUAUUACUUUUUUUUCUCAUAGAAUAUUGAUUUUUUCCGAUAUUUUUUAAAUAACAAAAGUAACUUGAACUA